CAUGUUUCCUAACUCUGAACUGCAGUAUUUUUCAGAUGUAUUCGGACUGUCCACUCGUGUGUUCAGUGUUUCGGUGCGGAUGCAGGUAUUCACUGUUGCAUCUCACAUGCUGACCUCUCGUGUCUCAUCCUCCCACUGCUGCGUCACGCUGGAGGAGGGCGAGAUCUUUAAAUAUGGAACAAGACUCAAGUCGAGCGCGACGCGGGCAGGUUUACGCGCAACGUGGAGCGCUUUCCGACGGGACGGAGAGAGUUCGUGAGCCUGUUGCGUUAUGACUGCUGGAGUGACUGAAUGUACUGUAGUUAGUAGACGCAGCAGCGAAUUAUCUCUGGCUCCAGAUAAACAGAAGUGAGUCUCUGUAUGUGUUCCGGCUUUUACGCAUCCAGACACGCUGAACUUGGAGCGAAUUCGCACUUGCGCAUAUUUUGGAAGUGUUUCUGAAGCCCGGACGCACUUUAAUUCAGCGGAGGAGAAGAGGACGCGCACGGCACGGUCAACAUGAGCGACAAAAACAAAAUGGAGGAUGAAGCCAUAGUGGACAGGGGAGCGUCUUACAUCAAAAACAUGUGUGAUGAAGAGGUCGAGGGUCAUCACACAGUCUACAUUGGAGUUCACGUGCCUAAGAGUUACCGUCGCCGUCGACGACACAGACGACGAUCCAAUCACAAAGAGAGGAGGGAGCGUUUGGUGGAAAACUUCAGCGACAAAUCAGACACAGAGACUGCAGACGAUCCGUCCUCUUAUAUUUUGAAGAUUGCUGUUUCACCUGCUGCAGAGAGGAUUCGCUUUAUUUUGGGGGAAGAUGACAGCGGCCCUCCUCCGCCGCAGCUCUUCACCGAACUCGACGAGCUUCUCGCCGUUGACGGACAAGAGAUGGAGUGGAAGGAAACAGCCAGAUGGAUAAAGUUUGAGGAGAAGGUGGAGAAGGGUGGAGAACGGUGGAGUAAACCUCAUGUAGCCACUCUGUCUCUUCACUCACUCUUCCAGCUGAAAAACUGCAUCGAGAAAGGAACCAUCAAGCUGGACAUGGAGGCCAACUCACUUCAGCAGAUCGUCGAAAUGAUCACUGACAGUCAGAUUGAGAGCGGGCAGCUAAAGGCCGAUCUGAAGGAGAUGGUCAUUUACACUUUGCUGCGGAAACAUCGCCACCAGACCAAGAAGUCCAACCUGCGUUCUCUGGCAGACAUCGGCAAAAGCGUGUCGAGUGCAAGUCGUCUGUUCAGCAGCCAGGAGAACGCGCGCAGUCCUCUCGAUCACUCUGUGCCUUGCUUUGCCAACUUUGAUCCUGACGAGCAAAUUCAGAUGCAGAGAAGCAACAGCAUGGGACUUCUCUGUAGUCCAACCACGGCGCAUCGUAACCUGACCUCCAACAGCCUGAACGAUCUCUCAGACAAACCUGAGAAAGACCAGUUGAAUAAUAAGUUCAUGAAGAAGGUUCCCCGGGAUGCAGAAGCGUCAAACGUUCUGGUCGGCGAGGUGGACUUUCUGGACGCUCCCUUCGUGGCGUUUGUGCGUCUUCAGCAGGCCGUCAUGUUAGGAGGACUCACCGAGGUUCCUGUUCCCACACGGUUCCUUUUUAUUCUGCUGGGGCCCAAAGGAAAGGCCAAAUCAUACCAUGAGAUCGGACGUGCCAUCGCCACGCUCAUGUCUGAUGAGGUGUUUCAUGACAUAGCUUAUAAAGCGAAAGACCGCGGUGACCUGCUGGCAGGCAUUGAUGAGUUCCUGGAUGAAGUCAUUGUGCUUCCUCCAGGAGAAUGGGACCCUGAUAUCAGGAUCGAACCUCCUAAAUCCAUCCCGUCUGCAGAUAAACGUAAAAACAUUAUUGCUGGAGGGGAAGGUCUUCAGAUGAACGGCGGAGCUCCUCAUGACGGGAGUCCAGGAGGCGGCGGCGGCGGCGGUGGCCACGCGGUUGGUGAUGAACUCAAAUUUACCGGCAGGUUUUGCGGCGGCCUCGUUCUGGACGUCAAGAGGAAGCUCCCGUUUUACGCGAGUGACUUUUACGACGCUCUCAACAUUCAGUCUCUGUCUGCCAUCUUGUUCAUUUACCUGGGAACCGUAACAAACGCCAUCACCUUCGGAGGGCUGCUGGGAGACGCCACUGACAACAUGCAGGGCGUGUUGGAGAGUUUUGUUGGGACGGCGUUGGCUGGUGCUGUGUUCUGUCUGUUUGCGGGUCAACCUCUGACUAUCCUGAGCAGCACCGGACCCGUGCUCGUCUUUGAGCGACUGCUCUUUAACUUCAGCAAGGAUAAUGAUUUCGACUAUCUGGAGUUCCGGCUGUGGAUCGGUCUGUGGUCUGCUUUCUUGUGUCUGGUCCUGGUCGCCACAGACGCCAGCUUCCUGGUGCAGUACUUCACCCGCUUCACAGAGGAGGGGUUUUCUGCUCUCAUCAGCUUCAUCUUCAUCUACGACUCCUUCAAGAAAAUGCUCAAACUGGCUCACCAUCAUCCAAUCAACUCAGACUUCAACAUGGACCUGGUCACGCAGUACGGAUGCCACUGCAGUCCUCCAGACGGCAACAUUUCAGCUCUGUACAUGGAGAAGAUGGAGGUCCUGAUGAACAGCACUGGACAGCAACAUCUGAACGCGACCUGGGCGUCUUUGACUCGUUCUGAGUGUUUGGAGUGGGGCGGUCAGCUGGUGGGCCCGGCGUGUGAAUACGUCCCUGAUAUCACACUGAUGUCCUUCAUUCUGUUCUUCGGCACAUACACCUGCUCCAUGGGUCUGAAGAAGUUCAAAACCAGCCGAUUUUUCCCAACUACGGUCCGCAAACUGAUCAGUGAUUUCGCCAUUAUUCUGGCCAUUUUGAUCUUCUGUGGUGUGGACGCGCUCGUCGGUGUGGAUACACCAAAACUACUAGUGCCAAGUGAAUUCAAGCCGACGAGUCCAAAUCGUGGUUGGUUUGUUCCACCGUUUGGAGGAAACCCGUGGUGGGUUUACCUAGCGUCACUCUUACCCGCUCUCCUGGUCACCAUCCUCAUCUUCAUGGACCAGCAGAUCACAGCGGUCAUCAUCAACCGCAAGGAGCACAAGCUCAAGACUGUGGCUCAUGCUUGUUUGGGCGAUUCUUUCUCAUGCAGGGAGCAGAGAGUCACAGGAACAAUGGUGUUUAUUUUGACGGGUCUGUCGGUCUUCAUGGCUCCCAUUCUGAAGUUCAUCCCUAUGCCUGUCCUGUACGGUGUGUUCCUCUACAUGGGUGUCGCCUCUCUCAAUGGCGUCCAGUUUAUGGAUCGUCUGCAGCUCUUGUUGAUGCCUGCAAAACACCAGCCAGAUCUGAUCUACCUGAGGCACGUACCGCUGAGACGGGUUCACUUCUUCACCUUCAUACAGGUGCUGUGUUUGGCUCUCCUGUGGGUGUUGAAGUCAACAGUAGCAGCCAUCAUAUUUCCUGUGAUGAUUCUUGCAUUGGUGGCCGUGAGAAAGGCCAUGGAUUACGUGUUCUCGCAGCACGAUCUCAGUUACCUGGAUGACAUCAUGCCCGAGAAAGACAAGAAGAAGAAAGAGGAUGAGAAGAAGAAGAAGAAAAAGAAAGGAAGCAUUGACAGUGACAUGAACGACGAAAGCCCAUGUCCUUCCUCACUCCCUACUGAUGGAAAGCACUUUUUCCUUUCCAAGACUGUGUCAAGUCAGGAUUUAAACCCCUUUAAGAAGAUGGUGCCUCAGAUCAGAAUCGAUUUGGACCCCGACAACAAGAAGUUCUUCUGGAAAACUCCAGCCUCCGAAACGUCCCUUUAAACACUCCUGAAAACACUUUCACACAGACACUUUUAGGUCCAGAUGAUGGUUUGGUCAUUCAGCUAAACAAAACAAACGUUGCUAGAAUGAUUCUAUUUAAAGUCCAAAAAAAGGAAAAUGGUAUUUAAACACUACAACCAAUAGCUGCACAAACAAACUCUUUACCAAAGAGUUAUUUUUUUAAACUUUAUUGCAUUUUUUAGCUCCUCAAUAUGUCCUUCUGACGUUUUGGUAGCAUUAAUGUUGGAAAGUUGGGAAAAAAAGUAUUUUUGCUAUUGAUGAAUGUUUUUGGUUCUGGGUCCAGACUGAAUUUUUUUUCCCCCCAAUCAUUUUAAAACUUUUAUAACCAUAUUUUAUUAAACAGAAAGCAUGUCAGAAUCAUGUCAUAAUCAGUCUUAAUAAUGUAUAAGAAAAAAAAAAACUUGAGGUUUGAGUUUUCUUUUGGCCAAAUAACUGCACUUCAUUCAA